AGUCGAUCACACCCACCUUCUCCAUUCUCUAUAAAAGCCCUCCAAGCCCCUUUGCUUCUAUAAGCUCCUCAAUGCCUAUCAGUCUCAACAUGAACAACAAUAAACCCAUUUUCUCCGCUUUCCUCUUCACCGCAAUCCUCAAUUCCCUUCUUUUCUCUUCUUCUCUCGCCCGCGUUUUCACGGAAACCACCACCGUCUUCGAUGUCUCCGCUUCCUCUAACCGAGCUCAGAACGCCCUCUCCAUCACCCCUCCUCAAUUUCACUCCCAUCACCUUUCAAAUUCCUCUCUGUCUCUGUCGCUGCACUCCCGACUCGCCAUUCAUAAGCAUAAUUACAAGGACUACGAGAGCUUGGUCCGAGCUCGACUCGCCCGUGAUGCCGCCCGUGUUCAAUCCCUUAAUCGGAAUCUUAAUCUGGCUUUGGCUGGUGAUGCGGUCCGCCCCAACUCCUUAACCGCCCCUGUUGUUUCUGGGCAGAGUCAGGGGAGUGGGGAGUAUUUUGCACGGAUUGCUGUCGGGCAGCCGGCUCAAUCGUUCUAUUUGGUGCCCGACACCGGCAGUGACAUCACUUGGCUACAGUGCCUGCCCUGUAGUAUUGGAAAUACCUGUUACCCACAAACCGACCCGAUAUUCAACCCGACAUCCUCGUCCUCUUACAGACCCCUGUCUUGCGAUUCGCAGCAAUGUCAAUCCCUCAACAGACCCGGAUGUCAAUCCGGCACGUGCGUGUACCAAGUCUGGUACGGCGACGGUUCGUUCACCACCGGUGAUUUCGCCACCGAGACGCUGACCUUCGGAAAUUCCAAAUCCAUCCCCAAUCUCCCAAUCGGCUGUGGCCACGACAAUAAAGGCCUCUUCGUCGGAGCCGCCGGUUUGAUCGGCCUCGGCGGUGGGGCUCUUUCCCUCUCCUCCCAACUUAAAGCGUCGUCGUUUUCCUACUGCCUCGUCGACCGCGACUCGGACUCGUCCUCCACUCUGGAAUUCGACUCGGCGCGACCCAGUGACUCGAUCACUACCCCACUUCUGAAAAACAACCGAAUCGACUCGUACCGGUACGUGCAGGUGACCGGAAUGAGCGUGGGGGGGAAGGCGCUGUCUAUUUCUUCGACGAGAUUUGAAAUCGACGGGUCGGGAAUGGGGGGAAUAAUCGUGGACUCGGGUACGUUUAUAACUCGGUUGCCGACUGACGUGUACGAAUCAUUGAGAGAAGCGUUUGUGCAAGGGGCGCGGAGCCUGACAGCGGCGGGAGCGAUAUCACCGUUCGACACGUGUUACAAUCUGGCGGGUCAGUCGAACGUGCAGGUGCCGACGGUGGCGUUUGAAUUGUCAAAAGGUAACUUGCUGCAGCUGCCGGCGAGAAACUACUUAAUACGAAUGGACACGGCGGGAACUUAUUGCUUGGCGUUUCUCAAAUUGACAACGUCGUCGCUUUCCAUAAUAGGGAGCUUUCAACAGCAGGGAAUGCGUGUCAGCUAUGACCUGGUCAACUCCCUGGUCGGAUUCUCGUCUAAUAAAUGCUAAAGACGCUGAAGCUCAGCCACCAGCCACCAGCCACCAUCCAGCAUCCCCCAGAUGGGAUUAAAAUAUAGCAAAGUUGGGUAUUUAUUCGAUAAUGUGUAAGAAAUUAGAGGCGGUGGAUGGAGUUAGUUAUGGAUAUUUGAAUCAUAGUUUUAAAAAUAAUUAAAUUUGUGUGAGGAGUAAUUUUAGGAUUA